AUGUCUUCUUCUUUGGGUGCCCCUCAUGAUUCCCCACUCGCAGGAGACCUCGGUUCUUAUGCCAAUUCCUAUGAUGCUUGCGACUUUUUGCUUGCACUGCGUCCUCAAAUGAAAGUAGCAAGCAACUUGCCGUUCAAACAAUGGGAACCUCGGAAGAAAACCGAGUACACCGACGAAGCAACAUUGGCGUUUCUGGAAGCCCUCCAACUCUACCAACAACCAUACAUAGGAAGCCUUCAUAUGAUCCUUCACAACUUGGGCGGGUUCCAGGACGAUGAAGUCCUCCAUAAACGUCUUGUGAACAUCUUCAGCCCAAUGAACAAGUUCCUCGUUAAUGCCUCUGGAACUGGGAAAACUCGUCUAUGCUACGAAGGACUUUGUGCCAACUGGGGUUUUUAUUUUACCUUUUCGGUUGAUUCGGGGCGGCUUGGGUCACUCGACCUUGAGCAAUUGGAGCACCCUUAUCAUGACGACAACGGCAAUGGCCGCACACCACGCGGACUAUCUAUACUAUUCAGAGCGAUUCUUUUGGCCCGCCUUCUUCUCUUCGAGCUGUUCCUCCAAACGAAAGACGUCGUAGUUGCAGAAGAACACAAAAAGCAUUGGUUAACCCUUCAACUUCAACCUCAACUAAUCAAGAACGAAACUGAAGGCUACGAUGAUCCGUUUGAAGCACUAUCCAAGAUCUUACGCAGACAGCAUCCCGACGAUCUUUCGCAAAGCAUAGCGACAACUCUACGCUCCAUCCGCACGUUUAUCGGUGACCAACCAUUGUUCCUCGUGCUCGAUGAAGCAAGUGAUGCGGUCAAAAUGCUCCCCCUCAUCGAUCUUGGCGGGGCAUCCGUUCUCCAAAUUGCACUCCAAACGUGGAUGGACGUGACAGCCAACAGUUGUCCAAUCAUCUGCGCAGGAAUUGCUAUUCCGCCUGAACGAUUCAUCCAUGGGCCAGGCAGCGACUUUUUCUGGACUUCCGAUACCGGUGGUUUCGAUGACCCCAAUAGACAAGAGGAAUAUAUGGCUCAGUUCAUGCCACCAACCCUGCGUGACUCCCCACAGGGCAAAUUUCUGAUAGCAAGAGCAUGGCGAUGGUUACGCGGAAGACACCGAGUCACAGCUACUUUUAUUGAAACGCUCCUCAGACACGGUCUCGACCAACCUCAUAGCCUUUUGGAUGCAUUCGUCUAUAAAGCACUUGGUGUUGAACCAGUCGAUGCUCUCGAAUAUAUUGCCGCAGAGCCGAAACUUGAAGGGAGGUACAAUUUGGACUUCGUUUCUCUAAGAUUCCAAAAGCUGCCUGACGACGAGUACCAACUUUUCCUCAAAAUACUGUUCUGCUACAUGGCUACACAUAACUCGUCGUUCUUGGCUUCACAGAUAGGUCUUAUGUAUCGCGGGUUUGCUCGUUUCUCAGACCAAGCAACCUUCAUCCACUGUCUCCGUCUCAAUGCACCUCAAACUACUGAAGCCCUUUCCCAUUGUCUCGUCUUCUAUCUCACUGAAGCCCUUGCGAUGGACCUCCCGCUAGCACGUAUCUUCACCUUUCGCCAUCCAACGCCAAUAUGGGCCCAGCAAACUUCCGAGCUGGUCCGCUUUCAUCAUCUUGAAUCGGGAGAAGUCGUCUGGACGUCGGUGGCUGCCCAUGACUUUGAAUCCUUCCGACCUCUUGCGCAUCAUGCCACUUCCGUCGAAGAAACGCUAUUGUGGAUGGAGCAUUGGAUCGGAACCGCAUUUUGUCUGCCCUGCCUGCCAAAUGUCGACCUCAUGUUUAUCAUUCGCCUGGCUGAUGGCACCUUUAUUUGGGUGGCCCUCAAAGCAAUAGCGACUGAAGAAGCAAUGCUAAUCCCCCAGCUGCGAUCAGCAUUCUCAGCAUUAGAGGUCGUCGACGUUGUGGGGAUGCAAUCACGAUUCGCCCACGCCUUGGAGUCGCUUCCGAAUCCCGGAAGCUGCAAAUUCCUGAAGACAAUUUCGACGUUCCCUGGUGAUUCCACUCUGCUCGAAGAUUAUGUACCCAAAGAGACCGAUGAUUUCGCGCUGGUCAAUAUUUCUGCCUUACGACACAAGUCAUACCAAGUCAUGCAACUAGAUUUCUUUGACGCCAUAGUUGCAGGUGUUCUUGCUGGUCAUGCGCGCAAGUCGAGAUGGGAAUCCAAAGAAGGGACGUUGUAUACAAGCCAUUUAAGGCUCCCAUGGAGUGAUUGGCCAGAAGCCUGUUGGGAUGAGCAGGUCGAAAUUGAGUACGAUUCGGAGUGUGACUUAGAAGUUGAGAACGAUUCGGAUUGCGACUCGGAAGUUGAGAACGAAGGAUGUUGA